UAUCUAAUUGUAAGGUACAAAACGUUACAAAAGUAAUGAAUCGAUUCAGUUUUAUUACUUACCGAAAGGUUUUACGAUAAAACUAGUUGUGUAGUUGACUGCGACCAUUUCAGUCUAGCAUAGACACUUGAGCUUUCAACCCGGAAGUUGUGUUAUUUCAUGUGGAUUACUGUAAGCUGUAUAUGACAAGUCGUUCGAAAUAUGGAAGACAAAUACUAUAAAACAGGAAAAGUGUACGUUGCAGUGUUCUUGAACAAAAGGAAACAAAACCCAAACGCGAGUUUAAAAGUGCCAAUCGAAUGCAGUGACGAGGAAGAUGUUGAUCUCAACAUUAUCAGAAACCUUUGCAAAACGAAAUUUGGUGUUGAUAUUGAAGAUGAAAUUGUUAGGAACAAUAAUAAGGAUGAAAUUCUAAAAAAACUGAAGGCUUUUUCCGAGACAAGGGCAAAGGACUUUGAUUGUUUCCUUUUCUUUUUCCUUGGUUUCAUAGGUGAUUCACAGGGAGCCACUGACUCCCAAACCUAUAAAUCCGAUGACGGUUUCUUGCCAAUAGAUGAAAUCUACAACUCCGUCAAAAAGUCUUCAGAUAUGGCUGGAAAACCCAAGGUGUUUGCUUUCCAAGCUGGAGACACCCGUCUUUUACCCUCAACAUCAAUGACAAAGGCAAUACCAUAUGGAAAAGAAGUCGAGCCGAAGACAAAGAAAAUACCUACUGACGCCGACAUGUUGAUCAUUACAAGCACAAUUCCACAACUUCUGGCAAACACAAACCAUGAAAGGUUUCAGACUUAUACAGGAUUUGCCCCCAAAGCCACAACGAGCGUGCAACCAAGUGAUGCAGUGAGGGGUUCAUUUUUAAUCCAGGCUUUUGUGGAUUCCGUUCUGGACGAAAGCAACAGAGAUGCUGAUAUUCUUACCUUGACCACAGUGAUGAAUGGUAAAAUAGAAGAUUUGAUUGAAGAUGUCAAGAAGGACGAAAGAUUUGAUGAUAAAAUAAAUCAACAAAUUUUAGACAAACUUGAGCUGCCGCUCACGACGUCAACGUUAACAAAACUCGUUGUGUUUAAAAAGUAGACACCUAACAUCAAAAGGUAUAUUUGAUGUUCAGUUCUCCAUUUUGUGUUUAGACAGCUAAUAUGGAUGCAAAUUUGUAAAUUCAUGCCAUGGAAUGAAUGUAUAACUAUGAUGAUGUAUACGAGGACUACACACUCUAUAAACAAAUACACAGAAAUGACAAUUUACGCGAGGACCUUCAAUUGAUAAAAGUCAAGGUCAAGUACACCAAACACACCGAGAAUAUUUUGAUAUGCGUUGUAAAGUUAUUACUGACUCACGUUUUCAAUUAUCAUCUUGUCACAGUUUGGAGUUAACUUAUGUCGAUUAUGAAUAAAACAAAUAUAUGAUAAAGUGAACUGCUACUAUACAUGUCAUUUCGAGUUUUGAUAACAUUCUCACCCGUUAAGUGGAGAUGGAAAAUAAACAUCAGUUUGUGUUGCUUUUUACAACACCGUUUACUAUAUUAAUUAUGAACAGAGAGAUCCCGCCGAGUGAAACAUUCAAUAUCAAUGUUUAGGGCUACAAAAUAUAAAUAAUGCGGUGGAUGCAUACAUGUGUUGUACGGAUAAUUAAAGAUUUACCAUCCGUUUCAAUCAUUUUCGUAUAUAACUUUCUUCAAAUUCAUUAUUUUGUAUCGAGGGCAGUUUUAUGUAUGUGUAUUUUUGUUCAUAAUGAACAAACUCUGAACUUACUAA